UUAUUAUGUUUCCGACCCUUUUGAUUGACAUGUCUUGAAAUUAUUUUCAGUUUAUUUUUAAAUUAAAUGUAGUUUACAGUUGUUAUUUUGGAUUAGUUAUUUUUUAAUAUAUCUAAAUCAUGUCAGAGUGUGUUCCCUGUGAGGCUUGCCGCUCUUGCGGUAAAGUCCUCAGUCCGUGCUAUAAGCAACCUCGUAUACCAGACUCGUUCGCUCCGCGGCGCUGCUACGUAAAGCCCACUGCUCCUGUAGAAGCAUCUACCACGUAUAAUCUAUCCUACUUACCCACAGCAGACUCUUCAAACUUACGUGGAAUCCCUAGAAAACCAGCGCCUAAUCUAGUCCCAAGCUGCGAGCCAAUGGAAGGCAGCACAGUUCAGAAACUUUCAUUUCUUCCAAAUGAGGUUUGUACCACACAGCCGAUCCGACCGUGUCAUCACGACAUGUGGGGGCAGGGGCCUAUGCAAGCGGUCACUACGCACCGUCAUGACUAUGUCCCUAAGCCGUCCAUCAUGAGAGAAUCCUGUAAACCACCACCUAAGUUCCAUUCAGUUGAAUCUCCGUUUGAAAACCGCACGGUGAACCGCUUAUCUUACGUAAAUCCAGGUCCCGCGCCACCAGCACCAUCGUUUGCACCUGUUAAGUGUUAUGAGCGACCAGUGGCAAAAAUGGAUAGCUCAACUACGCAGAAAAUGUCAUAUCAGCCUGUGUGCGCACCAUCACCGCAGCGCCCGCCUUGGGCUUGCAAAGGCCAAUAUCAAAAGCCUUGUCAGAAGAUCGACUCAACAACAGUAUACCGUUCCUCGUUCCUCCCGCCAGGAGAGGACUGCUCGCAAGUUCUGGAUCCAUGUAGUUAUGGUGAUUGUAAGCCAUGCAAUUGCAUCUGCCCGGCGCAGUGCAUUGCCACAGACCCUUGUUCCUGCCUCACAUUUCCUAGAGCAGGAUGCUGACGGUACCGAUAGCCACCGUUAUUUUGUUAUUUAUAGUUGUGUUCGUUCAUGAAAUUCUAUCGUGAAAACCGGAAUGCAUUGUUUACCAAUUGAGCUGAAGAAAUUAAUCUGGCGCCCAUCGUCU